AUUUAGGUUAAAUAUGCCCAGCGAUAUCACACAGGAAGACAUUGAUAAGUUGAUCAAGGACACUCAGAAGGAUUUUAGGAAGAAUGUGACGUGGUUAGCUGUACUUUUUGUGGUGUUUGCUACGGUUAUUUGGUAUGUAGUCAUGAGUCUUCCGUCCUUUAGCGAAGCUGAGAAGGAUAUACUUUUUAGAAUUCCAAGGGAAGGGAAGGAUCUAGAUAAUAUCUCCAAGGUUAUUAUGAGUUAUUCAGAUACUAACUACUACACAAUGCUAGCAGCCUUUGUAUGCAUGUACCUAUUUCUCCAGACAUUUGCAAUUCCAGGACCUAUCUUCUUAAGUAUCCUUUCAGGAGCUUUAUUUGGAGGAGUGAUCGGAGUCACUAUUGUCUGAGUGUCUGCAACAAUUGGAUCAUCAAUGUGUUACUGAAUGUCUUGGACUCUUGGAAAGCCCCUUAUUGUAAGGUUAAUCCCUGGUGCAAUUAUAAAGUUUAGUGGAAUGAUCAAGGAGCAUAAACACAAUCUUGUGUCUUAUCUUCUGUUCUUAAGAAUUACACCAUUAUUGCCAAGUAUUGUGAUAAAUAUCUCCUCACCAAUCUUGGAUAUUCCACUGUCAACCUUUAUGUUCUCAACAUUCGUCGGCUUGAUUCCAUUGAACAUAGUUCAUUGUCGUACUGGGCUGAUUCUUUCUGAAAUUACCCAACUAGGAGGGACCAGCUUGUUACAAGUUUUUUGGCUAUUCGUGAUAGGUGGAGUGGCCUUGAUCCCUACUCUUUUCAAGCAGAAACUCGAAUCAAAAUUUGACGAAGUAACUCAUGCUAAAGAAGAUGCUAAAAAGCAGGACUAACCACCAAUAAUAA